GAUUCUCUUCAAUCAACAACUCAAUCUUUACAUGUUGAUUCCUUUUGGAUUUUUGGUUAACGAACUACAAAUAAGUAAGAAUAUUUCUUUUUCUCUUCUCUGUGUAUUUUUCUGAUCUAGCCAGUUCGCUGGAUUUCACGUGCUUCUCGUAAUCUAUCUUCGCAUUCUUGGAUUUGUGCCCCUUAACUGAUGAAGUGCAGGUAAAUUCCGAGAGCGAGUUAAACGAACAUGGCUUCCAUAUCAUUUCAAACCCCUGAAAAGAUGAAUGAUGAGAAUACACCUCUACCUCGAAUCCCACAUACACCCAACUCACACAAGAUCCAAGAUUUGGGACGAACAUCUUCCCAAAAGAAAGCUCGACAAAUUUUUGAUAGUUUAAGAGGUUUGAAGUCACGCGGGAGACUCAAUAGUGAUGUGGAAGAUGAGGGCGGUCAUUCUAGCCCUAUUCGCCGCAAAAAUUCAACAUGGGACUUCUUGGGAACAAUUCGUACAAAGAGAUCUGGUGAAUUCGGUCCUCCUGAGAAUGAAAGACCUCUCACGACAACUCCUCUCAAAGCAGACCUGCAAAUUAACGAGGCAUCAGAAUUGCUUCCAAAAAGACGAAAGAGUCUUGUUAACAUAAUCGGAUCAAUCUCGAACAAGGCAUCCCCUCGACGUAGUACAACCCUUCGUGAAAACACAUCUGAAGAAAAGAAGUUGCCAGAUUGUUGUGAAGAGGGCGUAUUUGCCGAGAAGUUGGCAAAAGAGUUGAUAGGUUUGGAAGCGAACAACCUGAGUCCUUUGCACACACCAGCAUUGGAGGUUCAAUCAGGAUUCCCUCAGGAACGGUUAGGAGGAGCUCAUAAUCUGGAAGCAAAUGUCAAUACUAUAAUCGAUAAUCUUCAAAAGUUUCGAAGUUCUGAAGCUCUACCCAAUAUUCGAGCAGGAUGCGAAACCGACAGCUGGACGAGUCAAGCGCAGACACUAAAAAGUGUAGGAUCUAACGAGCAAUUGACAAGCCAAUCUCCAACAACAGACGUAGAUGGAGACGGAUCCAAAACACCAGACUCAUAUCUUUGCUCGAUUAUUAAGUCUUUUGACGACUAUAACAAUGAACAGUUUGCCGCCAAAGGGGAAGGGCGGAUUGUCUCUCCAUCGCCCUCCCCUGGUAAGUUGCAACCAACUAUACCCGUUGAUUUUCUGAAGGAUUCGAGCCCAGAUGUGAUUCCUGAGAGAUCAGGCCCAAGCAAUCAAUUCAUGGAUACGCUUUCAUCGACAGGUUGCCAAACUAACAUACUGGCAACACCAGAGCAAAUAUGCCGCGAGGGGACACGGCCAAUGAUUACAAUCCGGGGAGUGACAUCUGAUUCUAACUCUAGAUCGACAUUUGAGGAUCAGAUGGCUCCAUCACCACCAACAUGGCAAGCCGCAGCGAAAUCCAGAAACGCAAUGCUGGAAAGCAGAGCCAGACUUCCUUGUCUGUUUGAUAGAAAAUAUGUUCAGCAGAUCGAUACUCCUUUUGUUAACUCAAUAGAAGAACGAAAGAGUCACUGUCAAAGCUUACAGCCAACCCCAUCUACGUCCGAUGAAUCGGAUCAUCGGAGGAUUAUCCGCAAUGUCAAGCAGACCGUAAAUAAAAUGACAAAGAACCUCCAUCUUUCAUCAUCCUCGGAAGAGACUAUAGAAGAUUGGGACGAAGGGUUCCCAAAGGAGAAGACAUCUGACAAGAGCCUAAACGAAGCCUCGGAAACCGUCGAAGAUUUUUAUACUAAAACACUGGAGGAAGUCUCAGGCGUUACAAUGAUACACAAGAACAUAAGUUCGUUCACCAGCCUGCAGUUUUUGGACGGCGCAGUAUUUGUAAGAUAUCCUCAAACAGAGGCCAAAUGGCGCCUUAUGCAAUACUUCCCAACAGGAAGCCUUGCCAUUUCAGACAUUCGCAAGCGAAACAAGGGGGAAUAUUCAGAUACGAUAUCAUAUUGCCCAGAAGAAUCUUGCAUUUACGUUCAUCUAUGGGGGAAAGUUCCCAAACCAGAGCCGGAGAUUAGUGUUCGCGUUAAAUAUCCAGAAACGAAGACCCGAUGGGCUCGAACAAAAAUCUAUGACAAUGGCGAUCUUGCCAUGGCUGCUAUGAACCAAGAGAAUCGAGGUGAAUUCUCAGACAUUAGGUACAAUGCAUCUGAGCGCUGUUUCUACGUUUACGCAUGGGGUGAUAUUGUUGAAGCACCGAAACGUGGGGAUCGCGUUGACUGUUCAAAAAUCAAAGCUGGAUUGACACGGACACAGACUUAUGGAAAGAAUGAUUUAGCACUGGUCGAUCUAUGUGAACAAAGUCGUGCAAAUUUGUCAGAAGUCAGGCACAAUGCCUCGGAGCGCAGAAUCCAAUCUUUCAUACUGGAUGAAGCUAUGGACGAGCUCGACAGUUUUCCCUUCGCAGAUUUUCAUAAAUCAGAGACGGAGCGCAAAGUUUGUGUUGACUCUCCACGAUCGACUCAAAACGAAAUUCACGAAUCUGAACCGGAUAUUUCAAGAGUUGAAUUAGACAAAGUUUCCACGAUUAUUUACAGUACUACUGAGCAAAGCUCACAUGUAGAAGCACAAACGAUAGGUGUCGAAUCAAUUUACAGAACCCGCGAGCCUGCAUGGAGACCAACACUAUCGCCUCUCGGUGAUCAAGAUGAGAGUGACCAAGAUCUACCUGAUUUCUCCGAUUUGGAGAAUGAGUUCCAACUUGUCACUAUUGAAUCUCCCGAAAGUUCUUCACUCAGUAUAAAAUCGCAAGAGGGAGCAGAGGAAGAAGUUGGUGAGGAUAUUCCAGGAAGCAAUGACAUGAGCCUUUGUGUGGAAGCUGGAACUCCUCGAAAAUCAAAUAAUGAAUUUUUUACUGAAUUAUUUAUGAAAAAUGGUUCUGAUAGACCGGCACCUCUUCUCAGAGGCUCUAAGCAAACUCUUCAGUAUCUGAAUAGCCUUGGUUGUGUGAAGUCCAGCAGCAAUUUGAUGCAUACACACGAAAAUCUUCAGUCAGAUCGCAAGACUGCAACAAAGAUAUGGGCUGAAUCCGAAGAUGCCAAAGAAAUGUAUCAUUCUAUUGAACCAACUCCCGAAGAUGUUCAAGCAAUGAUAGAUGAACUCUUCGCCCAAGCCACUCACCACGCAUGGCUUGACAACUCUUCGGAUGAUGGAAGUGCGUCUCUCAAAAUCGAAGUUGUCGAGGAAAAAGCUAGAAAAGGUUCAGAUUCAUCCUUUAAACAAGGUUACAAACUCUCGAGGUUUCUUGACAGUCAAGAUUGCGGAGUUUCAGAACCCAACGAAGUUUCAAAGAAUCAAGAAGAGAUAUUUCCUGAAACAAAGGGUGCGAAAGCGCAUACUAUUUUCGGCUUUGACAAUGACGCGGUACAUCGCAGAGAGCGUUCAAAUGCCAUUUCUGGAGAAGGUCCUCCGGCGGCUCUUUGGUCGAAUAAAUUAAAUGAGAGUAUAUAUAUUCUUCCUAUCGACAACAUUGAUUUGUACGAGGAGAACGCUGGUUGUGGUGAUCCAAAAUCAUCUUGCCCAACAGAAGUUGAUGAGACAAUGGAAGCCUUUUCUACUGACGCAAACUUGACAAUCUUUGUGCCAGAGCCCAUUGAUGCUGCGACUGCAACUAAUCAUAAACUGAAUGACCAUCUUUCUAGUCUUAAUCUUGUCAAACAAGAUUUCGACGACAAAAAAGAGAAAGCCGAUGUCAGGCCAGGUCUCUGGGCUGCUACUUGUACGGGAGAGCAGAAUAAGGGCAAUGUAUCUGCAUGCACUGCAUCUUCUAUAUUCAGUCAACUAGGCCUUGAAAACGCGCAUGCGCCAGCAGCAUCCAAGACCAAGGAAAUUGUAUCUUCUGAUAACAAAAAAUAUGAGCAAGCAGAUAUCCGGAAAGGCAAGGAGAACAUAGCCCAAAAUGCCACUCUUCGUGUAGAAACAGUGUCGCAAGAAUUUAUAGACCGCGAAGUUCUUCCACAACUCAACACAAGAUAUGAAUCAAAGCGAGUCCCCACUUUAGUAAACAUCUUUCACUCGCAAGAAAUGAUGUCCCCAUCUUCAGCUCGACCACUCUUAGACAGAUGUUCCUCUCCUCUCCAGUCAGUCACCACUCCCAAGCGGGUAGAGGCAUACACCCCAAUCCAUAUUCCAAGAAUUGUUACGCCGUCGGGGAAGAUUUAUAGUCCUGAACAACUGGAGGAGAAUAAAAAAGUUUCGAAUCCAAUUCAGAGAGUGCAGACGCCGGGGAGUGGGUUGGAGAAGCAGUUUAAAGAGAGGGAUUAUUUUAAUUUGGAGAUGGAAGCGGACGAGGUGGAUGGUGUAGACUUGAGUGGUGAUGAAACGGAGAUUAGUGAGGGAUUUGGCGAGAAAUUGGAAAGGAUGAGGGUGAGUAAGUAUUGUUUGAUGAACGAAGAGGGGGAUAGUAUGGGUGAGAAUGAAGUAGAGGUAUAAAUGGGUCGUGGCUUGAUAAAGGAGGUAGGAUGAGUGAGUGUAUUGAUUAUAGCGAUUACUCUUAUUGGGUGAAGCAUCGCUUGAAGAUAAAUGAAGACAGAGAAGGAUAUUGAUAUUAAUGAAUUGCGGGAGAAGAGGAGCGUCAUCGCUAAUGCUAGAACACAUGGUAAUAUUUUUACAUUGAAAGUAUUCGAUUUCGGAAAGGAUCACAACAGACAUUGAGUAGUCAGAUAAUCCCCAGGUUUGUCAUUACAAGACUUAAUCCAUAAUAAAAGACAAAUUCAGCUAAACAUUGUAUCGUCUUUUCUGCAUUUCACGUAUGAAAUAGAUGAACUUCAUUAGACGUCAAUUGUUAUAA